GCGACUUUUCACCUUAGGGUGUUAUUACAAGAAUCCACAAAACACGAAGAAGAAUAAGACGUCUAACAAAAAAUAUGAAUUCGUCUUCCUCCUCUUCAUCUUCUUCUCGCAGGAAGUUUCUCGAUACGGGAUUUGCGAUCGGACAAAAAGAAAUAAUAAGAAUCUUGAUUAUGUUUCUUGUUUUGACGGCUUCAUGUCUGUUUUUAUACAAAACAGCUUAUCCUCUGCAACGACUUUCUUUCAACAAUAUCACCUCUCUACUCGCUUCUUCAUCUCCAGAAACGAUAAAACCAGAUAUCGCUUUAAGGAAGAUUUUGGAGAAUGCGUCGAAUGAAAACAAUACAGUGAUUAUAACGACACUGAAUCAAGCUUGGGCAGAACCAAAAUCCAUAUUUGAUCUCUUCUUAGGGAGUUUUCGUAUAGGACAAGGAACACAAAAGCUUCUGAAACAUGUGGUAGUGGUUUGUUUGGAUCCCAAGGCGUUUGAACGAUGCACCCAACUUCAUUCUAAUUGCUAUUACCUUGAAACCACGAGCACUGAUUUCUCUGGCGAUAAAGCUUACAACACUCCUGAUUAUGUCAACAUGAUGUGGCGCAGAAUCGAGCUUCUCAUACAAGUUCUCGAAAUGGGUUUUAACUUCAUAUUCACGGACACAGAUGUAAUGUGGCUGAGAGAUCCAUUUCCUCGGCUAUAUCCAGAUGGAGACUUUCAAAUGGCGUGUGAUAAGUAUUUUGGAAAUCCUACCAGUUUUGACAACUGGGCCAACGGAGGUUUCUUAUACGUGAGAUCAAACAAUCGAAGCAUUGAGUUUUACAAAUUCUGGUACAAAUCUCGUCAGAAUUAUUCAUGGUUACAUGAUCAAGAUGUGUUCAACAGGAUCAAGAACGACCCUUUUAUAUCUAAGAUUGGCAUCAGGAUUAGAUUCUUUGAUACGGUCUACAUUUGUGGGUUUUGUGAACCUAGCAAAGACAUAAACUUGGUUUGCACAAUGCAUGGUAAUUGUUGCCUUGGUUUGGAGAAGAAGAUUCAUGAUCUGAAUCUUAUUCUUGAUGAUUGGAGAAAGUAUAUCUCGUUGUCAAAACAUGUGCAGAACACGACUUGGAGUGCUCCUUUGAGGUGCCUGGAGAAAUAAUAAUUUAUUGGAUGACAAGCAGAUUGAAAACUAAGAAUGUGUUUUUUUUUGUAAGGAAAACUGUUCUACGUUCUAAUUUAAUCAACAUUUUUUUAUUAUAAUCUUCGAAUGUUGAUGCAUCUUA